CCUACCUUGACCGAGAGACGUAACAUUAGAUACUACGGGAAGUGUUUGAAGAUGGCGCAGAACUCUGUGUCCCUGUCCGCCGGCGAUCGAAGGAGCCGGGUGGCUUACCUUAGCUCUUCUCACGGUGACCUCAGCUCGUCGGCCUUAGCGUUGGCUAUGGUCUCCGGAGACAGCUUCCUCGUUACCAGGCCCGAGGCGAUUCUUCCAGAGCCUGUUCCUCGAUCCUCCGUGCGGCUGAACUUCCGGACCGAGAGCCGUCGGGCGCCUGGUGGCGGCCGAAGCCCGACCCGCUUUAACGAGGGAAGGGAAAUGGAGGCGCGGAGCCGAAGCCGCCAGGCCAGAUUCUCACCUUACCCGGGCCCUGCGGUGAAACUCGACCUUCUAAGAAGUGUCCUGCAACAGCGUCUGGAGGCACUUGGAGGAGUUAUCGUAGCCCGUCUUUCAGCUUAAAACCAAUACCUCUCUCGGCCCUUCAAUUAGCGUGUAAACAAGGCCUCUCUCUAAAAUA